GUUCUGUCGAUGGCCUUUGCACCAAGUGUUCGGGAGAACUUUCUGUAGGUCGAUUCAUCGACUUGAUUUGUGACAACUCGUGCAUGCCAUUAUGGUCACAUGAGAACAGCACCAGUUCUUGUAGAUUGGCCGUCAAUGCGAACAAUAAGGCCGCGUAUAAAGCCCUGCAUACCGACGCUAGGGUGGCGCAGAAAGGCAGUUCGCCACGAUGCUCCCCUUUUUGAGGUUGUCUGGUUUCAUAUUACUGGCUUCCUAUCAAACACGAGCAAGUGUGAUUAACGCUACAGCGUACACUGUUCCUGGCGCCUUUCCGACCUCCAUAUAUGGGACAUAUUGGAACGACCCUACUGCUACUUCGGCGCAGCCUCAGCCUGUCAUAACCGAUCCUGUGACGAAUGAGAUAUUCCCCUAUGAGCUGACAGAUCCUGCCAACUUCCCUAAGAAUGAUACAGUGGACCCUCACCCCCUUCCGAUGGCAGCGACACCUUCUCAGCUUAUGGAACAAGCUCUUGCGCAAAUCAAAGCAAUUGCUAGCAACCCGGUUUUCGGCAAUGACACUUGCACAAAGUGCCAAGCCUCCCUCGCAGUUGGCAAAAUGCUCGUGCUUGGGGCUCCCGAACAGGGCCCCUUACUUGCCGAGGCAGUCUGCCAGUACUUCAACUACUCCACAACAUGCUACAAUGAAUAUAGCAAGCUUGCGCUCGGUUCAACGUUUUCACAGGUUCUUGCAUUUGCCAAUACUGGCGGAUAUGACGGCCAGAAUCUUUGUUCGCAUUAUAAACUGUGCCCCGUGCCACCAACGGCUCCGCUUAACAUGACUGGCUGGUUCGCAAAACCGAAACCAAACCCGCUGCCACCUCCAAAACAGCCCAGUGGCGAGCGUCUGAAGGUCUUCCACAUUUCUGAUAUUCACCUCGACCCUCGCUACGCGAUAGGCUCAGAGGCUAACUGUUCCGCAUACAUGUGCUGUCGUGAUGAUGUGUUUAAUGCAGCGAGCCCUAACCAGAUCGUGCUUCCUGCAUCUCGCUUCGGAAAUUUUGAGUGUGAUGUUCCAUUGGACUUGAUGGUUGCGGCAAUGCAAGCCAUUGGUCCUCUCACCGGUACAGAAGAAAGUGGUUUUGACUUCACUGUCUUCACCGGUGACUUGACUGCGCACGAUCCCGACAACGAAUACUCGAGGGCCUAUGUUGAGUAUGAAGAGGUUGUGGCCUACAACUUACUGAAGAAGUAUGUUGGUCCCGCGCCUGUCUAUGCGACGAUCGGAAACCACGACACAUACAUGCAAUUCCAAAUGAUCCCAUACACGAUGGGCGGUCCUCUCGGGACGCAAUUCAACUGGCUGUAUGAACACAUUUCUUCUAUGUGGCAGUACGAAGGCUGGCUUCCUGAAGAGUCGAUCGCAUAUUCUGCAACUCACUACGCUGCGUAUUCCGUGACACGCCCAGACGGCCUCAAGAUCAUCUCAAUUGACACCAACCUUUGGUAUACUAACAACUACUACGCUUAUGUCAACUCUACGGAACCUGAUCCAUUCGGUAUCUUGCGAUUCCUCACGGAUGAGCUACAGGCUUCCGAGGAUGCCGGUCAAAGAGUCUGGGUAAUCGGACAUGUGUUAAGCGGGUGGGACGGAACACAAGCCCAGGUCAAUCCAAGCAAUCUCUUCUAUCAAAUUGUCGACCGCUUCUCGCCUCACGUCAUUUCUAAUAUAUUCUUUGGCCACACCCACGAGGACCAGCUUUCUAUCUUCUACGCGAACAACGGCACAGUCAUGAAUGCUGAGACUGCGUUGGCCGCAUCUUGGGUCAUGCCCUCGCUCUCCCCCUUGACUAACCUCAAUGCUGGAUUCCGUGUCUACGAAGUGGAUUCCGCUACGUUCGACAUCCUAGAUGCAUACACUUAUGUCAGCAACGUGAACGAGUACCCGGCGUUGGACAACCAGACUGAGGUCGGCCCAACGUUCUAUCUAGAGUACAGUACUCGUGAUGCGUACGGAGGAAACAUCACUUGGGGCGCAAAUGACCCUCUAAACGCAACAUGGUGGCACCUCGUUACCGACCAAAUGCUGGUGGAUCCUGCUCUAGUCCAGACGUAUCACACAUACCAAUCAAAGAGCUCUGUCGCAAGCCUGAAAUGCACAGGGGAGUGCAUCACUGCUAAGACAUGCUACAUGCGCAGUGGUUCGAGUAGUCUUGCGUACCAAAACUGUCCUGCUGGAUACUCUUCGACGCAGUGAUCAUACUAUGUAUAACUGCAGCAGUUGCAGUUUGAUAAUGGUGAUGCCGUGCUCUGCGCCCAAGCUUCUCUGGGAAUGCAUCAAGUCUGAU